AUGGACGAGAAUACUCAAUCCCGUGCCUCUAUGCGAUCGCGCAUCCCCCAUCCUGGCCUGCGCGAGAUGAACCCAGCGACCACUAACUCUCGGUCCGGCAUCCUUCCGCCGGGCUCAAUCGCCAAUAAAGGCAGUCUGUCUCCCACUCGUCCCAAGCCUACAAAUGCCCCCGAACCCAAGAAAUCAGCAUCCGCCUCCCGCCAACCCGUCAGUGCAACCAAUGCACGCACUCGUGGCAACUCAUUCGCUUCGUCCACAACGCGAGUGGGCUCGACAACGACUCGCUCGACCAAUGGCAGUUUCUCCAACACCAUGGGCUACGGCAGUCGCCCAGUAUCGGCUAUGUCUCGCCCAGCGUCCGCCAUGUCCCGGCCCAACUCGUCCCUCAGCGGUCGCAAGACCCCCGGCGCCUCCAUCCAGCGCCCCGCUACCUCACUAGAUACCCAUGCCGAAGAUGGAGCUAGCAUUCUUGGGAAACGAAAGGGUACCGAGUGGAAUCAAGAACGCAAAGAAAGUGACAUGGAGCAGAUCAUGAACACGUUAAUGGCUAAGAUGAAUGAGCAAGGUCAGCACAGCUCUGGUCUGAAAGAAACGGUUGAGCUCUACAAAUCGAGAAUCAACGACCUGGAAAGCGCUCGAGACAAGCUGACUGAUGCUAAUGCGUCUCUCCGCUGCGAGACGGACGCCUUGAAGAACCAAUUAAAUGCUGCAGAGGCCGCAUUGAAGGACGCUAGACGUGAACAGGAAAUUGCCAUGGAUGAGCUCGACCGGCGUCAGCGCAUUGAGGUGGAGUCUGUCAGCCUGAAUAGCAGGAAAGAGAUGGAAGAGUUGAAAGCUCGUCAACAGGACGAGAUGAACCAGUUGAGGCGCAAAUUCGAAAGCGAGAUCGAGAUUGAAAAAGCCAUGCGAGUUCGAGAGCUCGAGCAGCUUACAUCGAGGUCUGCGCUGGAUACCCAAAAGGCCGAGAUUGAAUUGGAAAGAAAGGACCGUGAAAUAACUAUGAUGAACAAUCAGCUUUUAUCCCUGAAAGCUGACCUGGACCGCGAGCGCAAGACCACACAUGAACUACGACAGAACCUUGAUACCGCCGGCAGCAACGGCGUGACAUUAGAGUCCACUAUCCGAGCCCUCAAAGCCCGUAUUGAGUUCCUCGAGGGAAAAGCUUCGCAGGAGGAGACCAUGCGUCGCAAGCUCCACAACCAAGUUCAGGAAUUGAAGGGAAACAUUCGAGUUUUCUGUCGUGUUCGCCCAUCUCUCAAGAGUGAACCGCCUUCUGAGAUUACCCCAAUGGAGUACCCCGAUGAGUCUGAAGAGGCUAAGGAGAUCAACGUCAUGGGCCCGGAGGAGAAGAAUAGCCUCGGCAGCGUCAGCCGCAAGAAUAACACCUUCUCUUUUGAUCGAGUGUUCGGCCCCUCGGCCACAAACACUGACGUCUUUGACGAGAUCAGCCAGCUGGUUCAGAGCGCAUUGGAUGGGUACAAUGUUUGUAUUUUCUGCUAUGGACAGACUGGCAGUGGUAAAACGCAUACCAUGUCCUCCCAAGAUGGCAUGAUCCCUCUCGCCGUGCAUCAGAUUUACGAGACUGCCCAGGGUCUGGAAGAGAAGGGGUGGCGGUACAAGAUGACGGGUAACUUCGUCGAGGUCUAUAACGAGAACGUGAAUGACCUUUUGGGCAAUCCUGAUGAAUUAGACAAGAAGAAGCACGAGAUUCGCCAUGAUAUGCAGCGCGGCAAGACUACCAUCACCGACAUCAACACCGUUGAUCUGGACUCUCCGGAGAUGGUCAAGGCCAUACUCAAGAACGCGGAUGCGAACCGUUCGGUGGCUGCUACCAAGGCGAACGAGCGCUCAUCUCGAUCACACUCCGUCUUUAUCCUCAAGCUGAUCGGCGAGAACCACAUCACCGGCGAACGCAGCGAAGGCACUCUCAACCUUGUUGACCUUGCGGGAAGUGAACGUCUGAGCCACAGUCAAGCGACUGGUGAGCGCCUGAAAGAAACUCAGAACAUCAACCGUAGUCUUAGCUCUCUCGGAGAUGUGAUUGCCGCUCUGGGUCAGGGCAAAGAGGGCGGCCACAUCCCGUACCGCAACAGCAAGCUCACUUAUCUCCUUCAAUUCUCACUGGGUGGCAACUCCAAGACCCUGAUGUUCGUCAUGGUCAGCCCACUCCAGGCCCAUCUGUCAGAGACUCUGACGAGUUUAAAAUUCGCGACCAAAGUGUCCCUGACACAUAUCGGGACAGCGAAGAAACAGUCGCGCAUUCGCGACUGA